GCCAUGCAGUGCGGAAGCCAGAAGCAGCAAAAAUCAAGAAUGGCUGGCAAUGCACAGGUAGACCUGCAGUUGCUGUGAGGGUAUUUCAUAUGUCCGCCAGCCUUCCUCCCGCCCUCCUCCAACCGGCCUCCCCAUCAAACGUCAACAUCAAUUUCCUCAGCUUGUGACCGCCGAGGGUCGAAUAGGAUCCGUGCGCGCGUCUGGACCCGAUAAGCUCGCGUGUGCCAGUGCCUUUAAUAUCUGCGAAACUUGCUGGCCCUGCUGUACAAAUACCGACCCGUCUCGCCCGUCAACACUCAGGCUAGUUGCGUGCUGGCUACCAUUAAGACUGGACUGGAGGUGACGGCACACAAACGACCUUCACAGCAACAGCCGUAAUUUAGACCUUUCCUGAUACCCUCCCUCCUUGCAUUUCGGCCUGGUGCUGGCCCAACACCCCCACCAUGUCCGGGACGGACGAGCAGAAGCUCGUUGAGGACUCGAGCAUUUCGGGUCUUGUCGCGACUCUCGUGCCGACCCUGAUUAUCGCCCUUGUAUACAUUGCCAUCUUCCUGAUUCUGCGCAAAAGCCAGCGAAGAUGGUACGCUCCCCGAACCUACAUCGGGAGUUUGCGUCCGAGUGAACGUACGCCCGAGCUACCAAACGGCUUGUUCAACUGGUUCGGAUCCUUCUACAAGAUCCCCGACACUCACGCCCUCCGUCACCAGUCUUUGGAUGCCUAUCUGUUCCUCCGGUAUAUGCGCAUCGCCAUCGUCAUCACGUUUGUCGGCUGCUGCAUUACCUGGCCCAUCCUCUUCCCUGUCAACAUCACUGGCGGCGGUGGCCAGCAAGGCCUCAACAAGCUCACUUAUUCCAACGUCAACGUGGCAAUCGAGGGCGGCCAUCACCGGUACUUUGCCCACGCCUUUGCUGCCUGGCUUUUCUACGGCUUUGUCAUCUACGUCAUCUUCCGGGAGUGCAUCUUCUACAUCAACCUGCGCCAGGCAUUCCUGCUCAGCCCGCUCUACUCGCGCCGCAUCUCCUCUCGUACCGUGCUCUUCACGUCCGUCCCAGAGCCCUACCUGAACGAAGCCUCGCUCCGCCGCGUCUUUGGGCCCUCGGUUCGCAAUAUCUGGAUCACCCACGAGCAAAAGGAGGUCGACAAGAUUGUCAAGGAGCGUGACGAGACUGCCUUCCGCCUAGAGAAGGCCGAGGUCAAGCUCAUCAAGCUCGUCGACAAGGAGCGCCGCCUCGCGCUGAAGAAGGGUACCGCCGGAGAUGCCGAGAAGAAUGGCCAGGCCCCUGUCGGCGCCGAGUCUGGAAGCGCCGCCGCCCGUUGGAUCUCUCCAAAGAAGCGCCCGACCCACAAGACGGGCGCCCUCGGCCUGAUGGGGAAGAAGGUCGACUCCAUCGACCACAGCCGUGAGGAGCUCCAGCGCCUGAUCCCCGAGGCCGAUGCCGCACAGCGCCGCUACCGCGCGGGCGAGUACAAGAAGGUCCCGGGCGUUUUUGUCGAGUUCCGCACCCAGGGCGAGGCCGAGGCUGCCUUCCAAGUCUUGGCGCACCACAAUGGCCUGCGCAUGGCUCCCCGCCACAUUGGAAUCACCCCUUCGGACGUCAUCUGGUCCUCUCUCAGCAUCCCAUGGUGGCAGAAAGUUGUCCGUCGCUACAUCGUCAUCGCCUUUAUCGCUGUCCUUAUCAUCUUCUGGGCCAUCCCUGUGGCGAUCGUCGGUGUUAUCAGCAACAUCAACUACCUCAUGAAUGAGUUCACCUGGCUCCGUUGGCUCAAUGCUAUCCCCGACAAAAUCAUGGGCGUUAUCACUGGCCUGCUGCCGUCCGUGGCUCUAGCAAUCCUGAUGUCGCUCGUGCCGGUCAUCAUGCGACUGUGCGCCAAGUUCUCGGGCGAACCAUCCUACUCCCGGGUCGAGCUUUUUACGCAAAACGCCUACUUCUGCUUCCAGGUCGUUCAGGUCUGGUUCGUGAGCACUGUUGGUGGCGCCGGUCCCGGACUGUACAAGCAGAUCCAGGACAUCGCCCAGGAGCCGGGCAAGAUCACCCAAGUCCUGUCCCAGGCGCUUCCCAAGCCCGGAAACUUUUACAACAACUACUUCCUCGUCCAGGGCCUCACAGUCGCCGCGGGCGUCCUCUCUCAGGUCGUUGGCUUCGCCAUCUUCAUGAUCAUGUACAAGUUCCUCUCUGGCACCCCUCGGGCUCUCUACACCAAGUGGGCCAACCUGAGCGCCAUCUCGUGGGGUAGCGUCAUGCCCGUCUACACCAUGAUCGUCUGCAUCGCCAUCAUCUACGCCGUCAUCUCGCCGCUCGUCCUCGCCUUUGCCUGCAUCGCCAUGUGCCUCUUCUACGUGGCCUGGCGCUACAACAUCCUGUUUGUGACCGACACCAAGAUCGACACGCGCGGCCUCAUCUACCCCCGCGCCAUCAAGCAGCUCUUCACGGGCAUCUACAUCGCCGAGCUCUGCCUUCUCGGCCUGAUCGGUGCCAGCGGCGCCCCGUGGCCUGCCAUUAUUGUGGCCCUUUUGUUCCUCUUCACUAUCAUGGCCCACGCCACCAUGAACAUGGCCAUCAAGCCCCUGCUGUACAACCUGCCGCAGUCGCUCCUGGCCGAGGAGGAGGCCCUGCUCGCGCCACCGGGGUCGCACCACAACAGCAACGUACCUGCCGGCAGCCCCCUGUCGGGCGGCCUCGGGGUGGCCCCGUCAGGCACGACCAAUGGCAGCAACGCCCUGCCGACCGCGCCCGACGCCACCGCCAAGGGCGACGUGGAGAACGGCGCCAUGGGGCCUGGCGACGGCAUCAUUCAGAAGCGGGGCAACUUCCUGACGCGCUUCCUGAUGCCCUGGAAGUACGCCGACUACGCGACGAUGCGCAGGCUGGUGCCGCGCGCCGAGGACCUGGACCUGGACCUGGACAACCUUUACUCGGACGAGGUCAACGGCAACGCCUACUGCCCGCCCUCGACCACGAGCGCGCCGCCCCUGCUCUGGAUCCCGCGCGACGCGGCCGGCGUGUCGAGGCAGGAGGUCGCCCACACGUCCAAGAUCAUCCACAUCACGGACGAGGGCUGCGAGAUCAACGAGAACGGGAAGCUGAACUGGGAUAGGGAGGCGGCUCGCCCGCCCGUCUGGGAGGAGAAGGUGCUUUACUGAGCUGUUGGAUUCUUUCCCCGGGGGGGAUCAAGCAACAUUAAAUUAAUGGGGAUAUCUUUGCUGAACCCGGAAAGGGUAGACGCAAAAAGCACCAAGAAGAAGCGGACGGUGGUGUUGCGGAGGUGGCGAACGAAGUUGUUUCAUUUUGUUCAUGUUUUAAACCUUCUCGACCUUGACCGUUUUAUGAUACCCUCGUUGAAAAAGGUCUGGUACGAUGUCAUAAUGCGGUCGGCUUGCAUUACUUGUACUUGAUCUAAUAGCCAGAGCCUGCGACAGGCACCCUAAUUCUCUCGUCUCCCAAACUCAUGAUAGCAUUCACAGUCGGGAUCCUAAUCUUGGAGCCUACGAUCAUUUUCAACACCGUACGUACCUCUUUGUGAAGUUUUGCAAAUGUGCAAAUGUUCAUGUUCAG